AUGUCACACCCGAUAGACAAGUCAACAAGCUUAGAACUUUGUCAUAAAUCAAAAUUUAACGAUGAAAACAUUAAGAAAGUUAAUAACCAUGAAAAUGAUCCUGAUGAUCAUUUCGAAGAUGCCUGUGAUGAAUCGAAUAGACAUGAAUCGGUCAUAUCGGAAACGACGGAAGGUCCCGACGAACAGAAUGAUAUUGAAAUAUUUACCAAUCUCGACGAUAAUGACGAUGAUGUUCUAAUCACUGAUGAAUAUGAACAACAGCCACCAAUUCUCAAAACAACCUCAUGGAAAGAUGUAGCAGGUAUCUAUGAACAACACAAUGCAUUAUUAAUAGAAGAUGAUCCAAUGGCACACGGUACAGAACAAAUGAAAUCAGUUGUAGAACAAUUUUGUGGAGUAUUUUCAAUGAAUUUAGGUCAAAUGCAUUCAUUACGUUUAUUUUAUUGUGAUGAAUUAACCAACAGUGGUCAAUUAGUAAUAGCCUCGUGUGAAAGUCAGUAUAAAGUGCUGUAUUUCCAUCAAGGUGGAUUAGAUAGAUUAACUCAUGUAUUUAAUGAAUGGAAUAUAUUUGCAGUAGAAAAAGUAAUUCAAUAUUCUUCUAAAAGAGUUGUUUAAGAGCCCCUCUCUCAGAAAUUAUCUCCUACACCGUGCAUCCGAUCUUGACGAAACUUUCCAUAAAUGUUCGGCACAAUGAGUUACUGGGAUGAAAAAAUUUUUUUGUCUCCAAGUCUUACGGUUUAGGAGUUUUCCAGAGAUCAAGGUCCAAAAAGGACCCUGAAUGGCGUCCCAAGAUUUUUUACUAUACUUCAAGCUGGAGAGUUCCGGUUUGUUUUAUUUUAAACUAGACACCUAACUACAUCGACUGACCGGCGCCGAUUUUUCAAUUAAGCCUUUAUUGGUUUUCCAGGCAACCAACAACCUGCNAAAAAACUAAGACCUAAUUCAAAAAUCGACGCCGAUCAGUCGAUGUAUUCUUUUUUCCUCUUUUAAACAAAAAAAGAAUGAACUCUCUACGACAAACCGCUAUUAAAAAACUUGGGGCGCACUUCAGGUGUAACUCUUAUAUAGCGAAAACGCUAUGUGAAACGCUGUAUGAAAUGAUCGAUUUUAUGACUUCUAGGAAAAUGUCUGUAACUUUACGAUGCAAGGUCAUACAGAGUUGUGCGAAGUCUUAUUUUGAUCAGAAACGUUUGCUCUACAAAGCUGUGUUUUCAGAAAAAUUUUAAUUGCAUAAGUAUCCAGGAAAAAACCACUAUUUGAAGACCCAUUUUUUCGAGGCUCUUAGAAAACUUGCUCAAAAUCCCGGAAAAACCACUUUUGUAACCAAAAGCAAUACAGAUUCUGGAAGUAGAC